AGCCUAUUUAAAUAUGAUGAAACAUAAAAUAAACAAAUCAUGCAUGGAAAAAGGUACGAAGGAACUGUCGAAGAUGUAUGAAGAUAUGCAAAAAUCAAACAAAAGUAGAUACCAGACAGAUAAGACAAGCCACAGUAACUAUGAAGCUGACAUGGAAAAACUAAAACAAGAUUUUUUCGAAGCGAAGAAGCUAUAUGACAAAGAUGUUCUUUUUCAGUGCUUUGACGAGUUUAUGAAGAGCAAAAAUGAUGAAAAGACGGCACGGUACCGCGAUGCAACUGGACAAAAGUACAAAGACGAAUAUGAUGAAAGUCACAAUGAAAUAAACAAGCGGAUGGAAGAUCAAUUAAAACGUAUACUUGACGGAGAGCAAAAAAAAAGAAAUCAAUAUCUGGAGAAAGAACUAGAAGAGCUAAGAGCUAAUUAUGCGGAACUGAGUAAAUCUGUCAAGGAAAAACUCGCAUGUUCAGUUAUGUAAACGAUACGAAUCGUGCUAUUGAAAACUAGUUCAAUCUACAAUAUUUGAAGAAGAAAAAAUACCAGAUAAAAUAUGACUAGUUUUGUAACACUCAUAAUAACGAAAUAUAUAAUAUAAACCGGACUGGAUUGCAAUGUAAACUAGUUUUAUGUCAAUCUGCGCUAGUUUACACACCAAAUACAUCAAUGACUUGUUAAUGUGAACGCAGUUACAUUUUAAACUGAUUUUAUUUUGUAUGUUUUCCUGUAAAUAGUGAUCUUAGUGCUUUGAUACAUUUAACUUGAAUAAUAAAUACAUGUGUUAUAUAUUUUCAUACUUGUUAUCCUCGUAUUUUUAUUCUUACACUUUAACGCUAACAUUGACUUUAUUUUUGACUUUAUGACUUGUCUUUUAUAAUAACUUUAUUUGAGUCUUUUUAUGUAAACACUUUUCGGAAUGUGUCGCAAUCAUUUGCAUGAUCCAUAUUCAAUUCAGGUUGAGUUGUUACAGGAAAAUUUCAGUUAUGAUUUUAUUUUCAUUUUCCAACGUUUCUUAAUUUUGUUGUCAUGUUAUAUCUUCUCAUUUUUUGUUGCUUUUUGCAAUUAGUUAUCAUAGUGAUGUAGUACUUUGUAAAGAAGUCAAAAGACCACUUUGUUUUCAAUUUUGCUACUUUAAUGACCAUGCAUUCAGCGUAAAAGUCCUCAUGUGACAAGCUUCUAACAGGCUAUUAAAGCAUUAGUUAAACUUUAUAAAGCUCAUGUUCGCCCUUUCUAAAGAAGGAAAAAAUAAUCAUUUCGCAACAAGUACCUUUAAGGUAUUGGAUGCCUUAUGCAGAAUCUCAUUUCUGAAGAGUAUUCAUUUUCAGUGUGGACACAGUUUCGAUAGGGCGUGGGUUCAUAUCCCAGAAGAGGUUUUUGUUCUAGAUAUUUGUCUUUUUUUCUCUUCUUUUUGUUUAACAAGAUUUUUUUUUCUUUCUUAUUUUUUAUAUAAAAUCUGAAAUUAAGUAAAAAUUAAAUUUUUAUCCAUGAUUUUACUGUGAAUUGUGUGAAAUUGGAUUGGGUAACAACUAAAAAUGAUUAUAAUUUGAAAUCGGCAUGGUAAACUUGCUUUAUGUAUUUCACAAAUGUUUCGAUUUGUAUCAAGAUAAAUAAUUAUUAUUAAAUAAUAUUUUGAUGUCCCUAUUUUAUAUCAUAAAAUCUAACAAGUUUCUAACCCCAUCCUCUUCUUAUUUGAUGUAAAAUAACAAGUAUUUGUCUCAAUAAACCAACACAAUCUUUUCAUAGACAUUAUUUUGUAAUUGGUUUUAUUUGUAGUUAUUAAACAAAAAACUAUGGUUCUUUAUAAGUACUUUAUAACUAAAAAAAUGAAACUAGCAAACCUUUUCUCCAGGUAAUGAUAACAUAUUCUUUGAUGUUGUUGUAUAAAACUAAUACAAAAGUAAUACUUCAAUUGUCAAUAUUUUUCAAAAAAGAUGGUAAACCUUUUUAUUUCUUUUUUUGUAUUUUUGUCCAGAAUAUAGGACAGUUUGUUAAUAUAAAGUUUUGAAUGACUUUUGAAAAAGUGUUAAUUAUACAUCUUAUACCUUGAGAUAUUUACAGUGGAUUAAGUUUCUAUAUUCACUUAUUUUAUGCUUGCAUUUUUUAAAUCAUAAGUACACGCACUAACCCGUUGUUUUCGAUAUAUACAUACAUAUUUUUAUGACACACAUGUAUUAUUAAUUUUUAAAAAAACAAAACAAACUACAUUGCAGGGAUUGUUGACAAUAUUGACAAUAUAACAUAUGUAUCCAUGUAUUGAAAAGUACGUUUAAAGUAUGAUUUUGUAUUAAAUAAUAAGUGCCAUGGAGCCCAAACUUUAUUUUACGUUAGGCAUAUUGUCACUUUUGGACGACGUGGCUUCUAAUAAAAGUGAUUGUUGUUUAAUAGAGUCUUAUUAACAUGAUUACCUUCACUCAUUGUCUUGUCCAAAUACAUAUUGAUUAUUUUGUGAUUUUUAUAUUGCCGAAUCCCAUAAAUUUUUUAAAUAAUGUAGUUUAAACUGUAUUAAUAUUUUCAUAAAGGGAAUGUUUACACUAUAAUUGAUAAUACACAACUUGUUAAUGAUGAGCGCUCAUUAAGCAAAUCCGUAUUUGGAUUACAUUACUCUCUUUUCUUUUAUUAUGAAUGAUAUUGUGUACAUGUAAAUAUAGUGAUGAAGCAUGUAUGAAUAAAUUUUCUCUAUUUGAAUGUUAAUUUUAUAAAAGAAAGAAACUGCCACGCUGAGCUAUUCGCGCAGGAAUCCUAUAUACUUUAUACAUUAAAUGCUGUUUUAUCCAUAUAUUUAGUCAAUUGCAUGCUUGUAUUGAAUUAACUAGCAUUUGUAUUAAUCAAAAUAUCAAAGCUAUUGUAAUAUUAUUUUCUAACAUUUUAAGAUAAUACAAUAUUAUUACCAAAUUAUUUUCAAACAUUUCAAGAUUAUGUAAUAUUAUCUAUACCAAAAAAAAAUAUUUUCAAACAUUUUAAGAUUUAUUAAAAACAUAUGAUGAAAUGAAAGUUUUAAAAUAUUGUUAGAAAAAUAUAAGUAGAUCUAGUUGUUUUAUGAGAAAGCAUUGAUUAUUAAUGCCAAUGUAUAGCAUUAAUACCUAAAGGAACUCCACUGAGGUCCAAAAGUCUAAAUAUAUUUGAAAUCCUUAGCGAGAUAAUGAAGGGUAAUUUAAAGUGACAUUGGGUUCAUGUUUUCGGUGUCAAGCUGAAAGUGACAUUAUGUCCAUCCAUGGCUAGAUAUAGAGUGAACAGGUGAAAGUCAAAAUAAGUUAACAUUUUCUCAUAAUUCCUUUCAAUUUUAUAUUUUUGUUCAUAUGAACGAUACUUAACUCACUAGGCCCUGUGAAAUGUGUGUAAUUAUCCGUAACUUUCAAUUUAUAAAAAAAAGUGGGACAGUCUUUUUAUGUAUUUAGGUAGAUGUGUUUUGCACCCUAAACAUUUUCAAAUAUCAUGUGUUGGUCGGUCACCAUUAUAAUGACCAGUUUAUUGAAAUGUGUAGUCAAUUAAAGUCAAUUUGACAAUGAAAAAAUGAGCAUAAUGUCACUUGAACUGAAUUGACUACAUGUUUAAAACAGAUUGGCUGUUCUAAUUGUGAUUGAACAACAAUUGAUACUUGAAAAUGUUUAAGAUAAGAUAUACUCGUAAGUAUGCCUAAAAUAUAAAUGGAUUGCCCAACUCUCUUUAUUAAAUGAGCAUUGCAAAUCCUUUGGCCAUGUUGGCUACAUGAGUUAUAUUGACAUUCUUGGGAAGUUAAUUAUAUAAUAAAAUUGAAAGGAAUUAUGCAAAACGGAGCUUUAUUUUAACUUUCACCUAUUCAUGCAUUGUAUACCAUUGGAUGGACAUAGUGUCACUUUAAAUAGAAAAAGUAAGAGAGAAAAAAAAUAUACACAGAAUUGAAUUGAAACGUUUAAACGCUUUCGAGUUUUUGUUCAUUUUACACAAUUAAGAUAACGUAGUAAAUGAAUUAUCUGAAAUAUUGUGCAUACGUUACAUCUAAUGAUACUCAAAUGUCAGUAAAUAUUUUCAGUUUUGUCAAAAUCUCAGUGGAGUCCCUUUAACUUACAAUUUAGUUAAUGUUUCAAAGGCAUUGCAAUAGCAAACAAUGUUUUGUGUUUAAAAUCUGCACUUUUAAUUUGAUAUGAUUGUAUGCUUUGAAAAUGCUGUGCUUUUAAUCAGAAUAAACUGUCCUCAUU